AUGGCGAUGGAAGUCAAGCGGAAGGGCUGGGUGGUGCUCAUGCCCGAGCGCAAGAAGUAUUAUGCCGUCAUUACGGAUCAAAUGUUGCUAUAUAGCUCCGAACAAGACUAUGUUAGUGACAAUCAAUACAUACAUUCCAUAGUUAUUAAAGGUGUUGUAGAGGUAUGGAUCGACCCCAAAUACACCGAGAAAGUAGGGCUGCGUGUAGCUCUGCCAGAUUCCUUAUUAGAAGAACGAGCAAGGCUUGCUCAGCCCAAACCAAAUACUAAAUCAGCUCGAGUCAACCGGCCUAUGGUUGACCCUACACCCAAGAAGCAGGGUAUACAAAUCAAGCCCAAUACACCGGGCAUAGGUAGUUUACAGUUACAACCGAACGACGCAAUGUUCGAUGGAUUAGACGAGAUCUUUCAGUGGGCUCUAUUGCUUCAGUAUGUGAAAGGAGGAAAUAGACAACGUUCCCUACCACCUCAGUUUAUGAGUGAGCUUACAGCCGCAACUGGGCUGAAGAUAGCACCGCUACAGUCGUUCAACUAUGUUGCCGAUAAGUUUAAUGUCGCCCCAAUACGGACACUCGAGACAUCUAUGUCUAUGGGUAAACCCGCUAGUAAACCUCUGUCGUUGCGCACACCACCACCACCGCGGCAUUCGCUUGGAAAGACGAACUCGGAUAUAACAGAGUCUGCGAACAAG